AUGGAAGACAGCGAUGAAACAUCUCAGUAUGAUUAUCAGUCUGGUUCAUCCAAUUCAAACGAUCAAACAAAUAAUAUCAUCUCCGAUCAAGUGCCCAAGCCGUCCAGACUAAAUGGUUUUAUCGCGGUAGGAUUUAAGACGACCGCUCAGAUUGAUCUAGGAAACAUCCAGCAAGAAACGGUUAUUUUACAAGAAGAAAUCGAACGUUGUCUUGAAAAGAAAAAGGAAUUAUACGAUCAAGCAAAUCGUGCUAAAGACCUUCGAAUCAAGCAGUUCUAUAUUGCUGAGGCUCAAAAUUUCGAUCGACGAGCGAGAGAGUAUAGUUCGAAUGUGAAUGAUCUAAUUGAAAGUGCUAAUUUCACAUCGAAUACCGUUGAUCUUCAUUCUAUGAACGUCACAUCUGCACUCAAACUCCUUCGCAAGAAACUUGACGCUGUUGAUAGACCCCUGAACAUGCGUACCGGUCGAUCCGGAAAAAAGUUGACUGUUAUAACCGGCUAUGGAAAGUCGUCAAACGGUCUCAGCAAAUUGAAACCAGCCGUUAUACAGUGGCUUAAACAAUGUGGAUACGAGUGUGUUGCACUUCAUUUUUGA